CCGUAACCGAGACGGAUCGAGGUGGUUGACAAUUGGUUGGCGACUGGCGAGCGAGCGCAAGUGGACAAGGGAGCCGUCGGUUCUGUCCGACUUGAGUGCUGCGAGCAGGGACUGGCUGGGACAACUGCAAGGACGAUUCGAUAGUGGAGGGACAAUGGGCGGGCGACGACUAUGGGCUCGAUCGCGUCCGUUCUGCAGUGGCACUGCGGCCGCUGCGCCCUGAUCAACCCCACUGAGCGCCCCCUCUGCGCCCGCUGCGGCCACCGCCGCCUCCUCCGGCCGCCCCCGAAACCUUCAGGCAGCCCCCAAAGGAACACAGCGAGUGAUGUGAGAUUGGCGAGUAAAGCAGAGCCUGAAGAAAGUCUAUCCGAGGACGAGGAAGGACUUCUCGAAGCUGCUCUCGAGGUGCACCAGCACUUCAACGAUAUAAUCCGGCAAUCAGAACCAGAGCCAACCCAAAAGCCUCGAAGGCCAACCAAAAAACUCUCAAAUUCUCUACCAAAUCUCGCAAAAAUUCCCGCCAAAUGCAGCAAGGUUCGGAGCGUGAGCGAGCCGCGCACCUUGUCCGGAUGGCAGCCGUGCCGUGAGUGCAGAGCUGCCAAUCGGAUGGCGUGCGGCGCGUGCGCGCUGCAGUCGUGGGCCACAGUGCGCGAACAACUCCUGCGCGCAGCCUGGCCCCCAGCAAGGGACCCAGCGAGGGGUCCUGACGGCCCCUUGGAACUGUCACGCACCUCCACCGUGCCCAAGAGGGGCUCCGUCGUGACAGUCUCGCGUUGGGGACACUCGGACAUUUCCACCCAACACCUCAACCAGCGUUUCUCAAUGGUCGGAUCUGUACCGAAAGGCAUUGCUUCAACAUUCCAACGACCCUUCCGUCGUGCAGCGCCGGUGUCCGUGUCCACAGACACAAUCGAGUUUUACGUGGGUCGGAUGUGGGCUUGCAAGAAAUGCAAUUUCGCCUUCAACUCGCUCAGCUCACAGGCGUGCGAAGUUUGUCUCCAGCCGCAGUCUCCGCCUUCCGUGGCCGAGCCCAGAGUUACCACAGUUGCCAAGGUCGGCAGCCCCGAGUCGAGGAGUCCUGAAGGCCACAUGGAUGAUCUGCCUGAUCUACCCGAUGUUUUGUCGCCGGAGCACGAUUACGUAGAGCUCAAGUGGGCUUGCAAAAAGUGCACGCUCCUGAACGAUGGCUCCAGCAUGGCUUGCGUCGUGUGUGGUGGAUCCAAACUUCGCAGCAUCACUCAGGUCGAAGAUUUGACUUUGAGGAAGGGCGAGUUUUGGGCGUGUCCACUGUGCACUCUGCGCAACCCGUUGAGCGAGCCGCGCUGCAUGGCGUGCAAGGCGCACUCUGCAAAGAGCCCCGCCGGCCCGGCGGCCAACAACACUGGCGUCGUGCCGAGGGGCGCCGUGCCGAAGCAGCAACACCCGAAGCGGCACCAGCAGAAGCAGGUGGUGCGUCGCGGAGGCAACGCCACCCGCCACGGAGCAUCGCGCGGCCCCACGGCGCCAAAGAGGCAGCCGUGGCAGUGUCUCAAGUGCACAUACGCCAACAAAGCGGACUCGGUGGCCUGCGAGAUGUGCGGCAACACGCGCGGCGCCCCGGCUGCCUCGUUGAACAUCGAAGGACGUUUAGUGGAAAGAGCCUCGCGCUUUUCGGAACAGCCCAGCCCCAUUUCUACCAUUGAUUUGUUCCCUGCAGAGAAUUGUGACGUUUUCGUGGACGACUCCUUUCCCCCAAACGACCACUCGCUGUACUACCAACCAGGCAAGCAGCAACAAUCGGACGGGGUGGUUGUGCAGUGGUUGCGGCCUCACCAGAUCAAAGCGUCAAACGAUGCUCUGGAGUGGGUGGUUUUUCGAGACCCUCUGCCCUCUGACAUCUCGCAAGGUGUUCUCGGCAAUUGCUGGCUUUUGUCUGCGCUAGCUGUGCUUGCCGAACGGCAGGAGCUCAUAGAAAACAUCAUGGUGCAGCACGAGAUAAACUCUCGUGGCGCUUACCAAGUGCGGCUUUGCAAAGACGGAAAAUGGACUACAAUUGUGGUGGAUGAUCUUCUUCCCUGUGAUGAAAAGUGCCAUCUUGUUUAUUCACAGGCGAAAAGGAAGCAACUGUGGGUGCCACUGAUCGAGAAAGCGGUUGCAAAAAUCCACGGCUGCUACGAGGCAUUGGUUUCUGGUCGCGCAAUCGAGGGACUCGCUACCCUGACCGGUGCGCCGUGCGAGAGCAUACCUUUGCAGCCAUCAUCACUGCCUUCCGAAGAAGAGCUUGACAAAGACCUUAUUUGGGCGCAGUUGCUCAGUUCGCGGGGCGCUGGCUUUUUAAUGGGUGCGUCUUGCGGAGGAGGAAAUAUGAAAGUGGACGAGGACGAAUAUCACAGAAAGGGACUGCGUCCUAGACAUGCAUAUUCAGUGCUGGAUGUGCGUUACGUCGACGGUCUGCGUCUGCUUCGACUGCGAAAUCCAUGGGGCCAUUAUUCGUGGAAGGGAGACUGGGCAGACGCGUCUUCCACUUGGACGCCGCAGCUGCGAGAAAUGCUCAUGCCCAAGGGUGCGUCGGACGGCGUCUUCUGGAUCUCUUUCGACGACGUCUUGAAAUACUUUGACUGCAUCGACAUUUGCAAAGUGCACAAAAACUGGACUGAGACGCGACUGGAAGGCACACUGCCGCCUUUGGCCUCCAUGCAGCACUUGUCCUGCGUAUUGCUGACCGUCUUGGAGCCCACCGAAGUCGAGUUCACACUUUUCCAAGAAGGCCAACGCAACUCUGAAAAGUCUCAGCGCUCACAGCUCGACCUGUGCAUCGUCAUGUUCCGCACAAAUAACCAGGCGCAGCCGGGAAUCGGCCGCCUCGUUGAGCACAGCAAACGCCAGGUCCGCGGCUUCGUCAGCUGUCACAAAAUGCUCGAGCAGAGUCAGUACAUGGUUACCUGCCUCGCCUUCAAUCACUGGCACACAGGAAUUGAGGACCCAUUGCAGUUUCCGGAGUACGUCUUGUCAAUACACAGCUCGAAGCACGUGCUGGUAGAGCAGAUUGCUCCGCCGUCGUAUGUGCUAGCCGACGCCAUCAUUAGUCUUACAUUGGUCAAAGGCCAGCGGCACGAAGGGCGCGAGGGGAUGACUGCAUACUACCUCACCAAGGGGUGGGCUGGGCUGGUCGUCAUGGUUGAGAAUCGCCACGAGAACAAGUGGAUCAACGUCAAGUGCGACUGCCAGGAGAGCUACAACGUGGUUUCAACGCGUGGACAGUUGCGCACCGUCGACUCGGUGCCUCCACUGCACAGACAAGUUAUAAUUGUGCUGACACAACUGGAAGGAAGCGGUGGAUUUGCGAUUGCGCACCGUCUCACUCACCGGCUCGCGAACAGUGUUGGGCUCCACGACUGGGGUCCGUCGAACACGAAUCACUGGCCCCUGAUCGACUCAAAGGUGGACGGCUUGCACGCGCCCAGGCUCAUCACCUGACUUGACCCAACCGGAAUGACUGAUAGACCCUUCCCAGAGCUGGCCUCUCUCCCCUAACUUGGUUCACCAAUAGGUUUAAAUGAAUUCAUCAAUUAAAUGAUACUCUCAGUUUUUAAUAUUUAUUUGCUCAGUUAAUAUAAUUGAAUGAUUUGCUCUCUAGUACGUAGUGGAUCUGAAACGAGAGUUUGGUGCUUCAGCAAAAUACUCACUUCAAUAAUGGCUUUACAACUUUGUCAUUCAGCCAUCAAAGAAAUGUGAUUGCACAAACGAUCAUUGAGUCUGAAAUUCUCUGUUGAUUAUUAUGUUCUACUUAUAAUUGAAAUCAUUUGAUGAAGUCAUGAGUAGAUGAAGAGCAGCUUUUGUGGCUUGGCGCCUCUUAGUCGAAUGUAGCUGCAAAAGUGCGCAUUUUCCAAGUGAUAUUUCUGUUGUUUUCCACGCGCCAAUCGUAGAAAUCUAGGCGUAAACCACGAGAAAAGAACAUUUUUGGACAAACUUGUGUCUUACUACGAGGUUCGAAAGGAGCACUUUGGUCAUUUCGAUUUUUGAUCAACCAACGUCUAGAUUUUGCAAUUGUAGGACAAACUUACUGAUUAUUGUACUCGUCGAUUUUGCGCCUAUUGUACCGUCGAUGUAUUUUACACACAAAUAAAAAUGAUCAAAACGUGUUCUCAAAUAUAAA